AGCGUUUUUGGUCCAAGGUUUGGAGGGGGGUCCUUUUAGCCAAGGCCCUCCACGGUAACCAUGGCGAAGCGGCAAUCCUUGCUGUUGCGGCUGGCCGUUCUUGCCUGCGCGCUGUUGACCCUGAAGCAGUUGGCUUUCGUUGCAGGCCCUGGUCAGCAGCCGGCUCUUCGUGGUCAGGAGGCUGCUUUGGCCGGAGCAGUGCUGGCUGCUUUGCCUGCCAGCCCUGCAUUGGCAACAGACCAGGCUUCUGACAGCUUCAGCAAGACGGAUGUGAUCGUCAUCUUGGUCCCCAUUGUCGUCACCUGGAUCGCAUUCUUGGAUUGGGAUGCCAGGCAGCCUUCUGCCGAUGACGUCACUGGUGUGGGCUACCUCGGCCCCACUGUGGACGGCCCAUCACCUGACCAGCCUGCCUACUACCGCCGCAGCCCCGAGAACGGCUAGACUGAUGCGGUGAGAGGUUUUUCAACAGACUUCCAAGAGUGCGGUGUGGCGCAUUGC